UAAAUGAUACGCCCGCACUGGCCUGGCCUGGCCUGUAUGUUUCUUCAUUGCUUAUUUACUUUUUUUUUUCUCUCUUUUAGUUCUCUCUGCCGUACUUCUCUAAACAACAAACGAGCCGCAUUGACUCUUCGCAAUCGCGCAAACCUAGCGCGACCAGACACAGAUCAAACACCGGAGGUAUCUUGAUAAGGUUGAUCGUGCUCGAGUGUGGAUCCGCCAUGAGUGAGAAUGAGGUGAGAAUGGAGGAAUAUAAAGAACCAAUGCUGUAUAUGUGCGGUUACUUACCGGGAGCUUCGCUCGAGAAAUCGCCGAUACUCUCUCCGGUUCUCGUCCGCUUGCCGGAAACCGUUCGCGGUGGUGAUUCAUGGAAGGACGUCUGUGGCGGUGGUUGCGGAUUUGCUAUGGCUCUUUCAGAAUCUGGGAAGCUAAUAACAUGGGGUUCGACAGAUGAAGAGGGUCAAAGCUACUGCGCCUCGGGGAUGCAUGGGGAAACGCCAGAGAUGUUUCCUCUUCCAACUGAAGCUUCAGUUGUAAAGGCCGCUGCUGGUUGGGCUCAUUGUGCUGCAGUUACAGAGACAGGUGAAGUGUACACAUGGGGCUGGAAAGAGUGUGUUCCCUCAGGAAAAUUGAGCCGUGAUUUGGUUAUUGGAAGUUUCCAAAAGGAUACCAGUGGGAAACAAAGUGGGUUGACUGAGCAAGUGAGCCCGAGGUCACAAGGCUCAAAUGUAAAUAUUGAGAUAACUUCACAGCCUGAGGACAGGAAGGUUGGAGAGGAAGUUGUGAAGCGACGAAGAACUUCAGUAGUUAAAGAAGAAUCCGGAAGCCCAACGUCUGGAGAUGAAUAUUUCGCAAUGUCACCUUGUAUCGCAAACAUGGGUCCUGGAGUGAGGAUCACGGCUGUUGCUGUUGGUGGUCGGCAUACUUUAGCUCUGUCAGUUGCAGAUAUAGGACAGGUCUGGGGUUGGGGCUAUGGAGGUGAAGGACAGCUAGGUCUGGGAUCCCGGAUAAAAAUGGUGUCAUCUCCUCAUCUCAUACGUUGCAUCGAGGAACAUGCCUCUGCGACUGAUAGGUCUUUAGUCAUGCAUCAAGGAAGCACGAAAGUCUCAGAUCAAGUUUCUAAAGUUCCCGGAAGUUAUGUGAAGGCAAUUUCUUGUGGAGGCCGGCACAGUGCAGUAAUAACAGAUGGUGGAAAGCUACUUACUUUUGGCUGGGGCCUUUAUGGACAGUGCGGGCACGGAAAUACAAAUGAUCAACUCAGACCAACUGUUGUGUCUUCUUUAUUGGGUACUCAAGUGCAAAGCGUAGCAGCUGGGCUCUGGCAUACUGUGUGUAUCUCUACCGAGGGUCGUGUAUAUGCAUUUGGUGGGAAUCAGUUCGGACAGUUGGGCACAGGCACCGACCAUGCAGAGACUUCACCGAAGCUAUUGGAUGCCCCGAGUCUUGACAAUAAGCAUGCAAUAGUAGUUUCUUGCGGUGCUCGCCAUACCAUCAUACUUACAGAGGAUGGCCAAGUAUACAGCUGGGGUUGGAACAAGUAUGGUCAGCUUGGUCUAGGUGAUUCAACCGACCGCAACACCCCCUCCCUCAUUCAGAUCAAUGGUUGUAGGCCUAAAAAUAUAGCCUGCGGGUGGUGGCACACAUUACUACUGGCUCAGAUACCGCAUUAAGUUCCUCUCUAGUUUUCCCCUUAAAAAACCUAGAUGGGCAAAGUGGCAGUUUUGCUAGAAUUAGGGAUACCACUGACUAGCCAGUUUUGCCUAAUGUAUUUUAACUUUAUUCUAACCACGUACAUAAAGGGUUUCCUGUGUGCAUUUGCACGUUUGGAUUCAUUUUUCA